AUGUUCUGCGCGUGCUGCUGCGCGCAAUGCUGCGAGUCGCUCGGCGCAUGCUGCUGCGCGGUGUGCUCUCUGGGGACGUCGCGGCGCGUGGCCAAGUACAUCUACGGGCUCCUCUUCCUCCUCGCGCUCGUCCUCAUGUGGUGCUUGCGGGACUUCGGCCACACCGCCCUCAUGCACUUACCCAGCUUCAAGUCAUGUCAACCUGGCGACCAGGCAUGCACAGCAGCGACGGUGGUGCUGUGCACGGGCCUGGGCAUGUCGCUCUUCUUCGCGCUCAUGUCUGCAACCACCACGGGGGCGCGCGUGGACGGCGGGGCCCGUGACACGUGGCAUUCCGGCUGGUGGCCGCCCAAGCUGCUGCUCUGGGCGGCAUUGCUUGGCAUGACAGUCUUUCUUCCCUUAGGUAGUCGACUCAAAAGGGGCCCGUGGCACGUGGCACUCCGGCUGGUGGCCGCCCAUGCUGCUGCUCUGGGUGGCAUUGCUUGGCAUGACAGUCUUUCUUCCCUUAGCACCUACCUAGACCGUAUGAUAGACGUAUCCUCCGCCUUCUCCCUUCUGCCAUCCUGUGCAGGCGUGUUGAGAAUCUACGGCUACGUGGCUGUGUUGGGGGCGGUGAUCUUCGUCGUUAUCCAGCUUGUCAGCAUGCUGAACUUUGUCUUCGUGUGGAAUGACACGUGGCAGGCAGACAAGAAAUGGCAAGUGUUGGCAGCGGUGGUAACCAGGGUGUGCUACCUGGCAGUGGCAGCAGCAGCAGCCCUCGUGCGCCUCUUCUUAAUGCCUUCCUCACUUCUUCCCUUUUCCUGUUCCCCCCAAUCCCCUCUCUCCCCUCAGGCAAGUGUUGGCAGCGGUGGAAACCGGAGUGUGUUACCUGGUAGUGGCAGCAACAGCAGCGCUCAUCUAUCUCUUCUCUAUGCCCUCCUCCUGCUCGCUCAGCCUCUUCUUUUCAUCUCCUCCCACCCCUCAGGCACGUGCUGGCAGCGGUGGUAA